CCCUCCACCCAGUCUACCAACCCUCCACCCGAAUCGUCAGCCAACCAUGCAGUAUUAUGACUUCAUCGGUGCAGCUCAAGGUCAAGGCUAUAGCCCCCUGGUACAAUCGGUCAGUUACCUGGUCAGCUUGUAUGAGUCACGGACUAAAGCUGUGGGAUCGAGAACAUCUGGGAAACUCAGCGCAAGUCAGCGUGCACGGUCGGAGCCAAGCUUGUAUCCGGUGGGCAGAAAAAAACCGGAAGUACAUACCGCAUAUAACUCUGUCCAUAAAAGUCGAGUACCUACUAUGGAACGGAAGUCUGAACAAGAUGAUUCAGAUAACGACGAUUAUCCCCAAAUGACGUCACUCUACUCAAUCAAACCCAACCUUGAACCCAUGGAGGUCAAGCGUCGAGAGGUCAUCAAAGAGAUCCUGGAAACAGAGAGGACCCACGUCAAAUGCUUGAGGGCCCUAGACCGACUGUUCCGUCAACCCAUGCUGAGACAACAGGACGUCGUCGCUGGUUUGGCCAGGAAACUUUUCCCUCGCCUGCAGGAGCUGAUGACGUGGCACGGAGCUUUUGUCACGGCCAUCAGAGAUUCAGUCAACACCGAUGGUAGACAACCGGAAGUAGGCUGUGUCUUGUACAAUUUGUUUGAAGGCACUUCAGGUGAAAAGUUGGGCCAAAUAUCCCUCGAGUUCAUCAAAGAUCAACAAUUUGCUUUGGAGGAUCUGAAUAUCUUGGUGAAAACAGAUAAAAAGCUUCAAGAGUUCAUUCAGCAAAUUGAAUUGAACCCAAGAUGCCAACGCAGACAGCUCAAAGAUAUGCUGGCUUGUCAGAUGCAGAGAUUGACCAAGUACCAUCUUCUGAUAAGCACUUUAAUCAAGUACACACAGUCCUCUACAGAUGAGUCCAAGUACCUUGAAUGCGCUGUCCAGCGAUGUAAAGAAAUUGUUGCACUGGUCAACAGUCAAUUGCCUGAUUUAACAUCCUUCACCAAGCUGAGAGAAAUCAAAAAUAGAUUGGAGAGACGUGACAUUGAUGCUGGCAAUGUUCCAGAGUUAUCUCAUAUAAAGACCCUGGACCUAGUGAGGGAGAACUUAACACAUGAUGGUCACAUGACAUGGAUACGUCACACACACCAGCCACUGGAGCUACUGGCUCUGUUGAUGGGGGACAAGAUGGUCCUGCUGCAGGUGUAUAGAGACAAGUAUUUAUUGAAAUGUCAUCAAGAUAUAGUCAAUGGCCUCAAGACCUUAUAUUAUCCUGUGUUGGUGGCCGAAAAACUUUUGGCCAAGGUAUCAGCUGCAGACAAAACCACAUUUUUUCUAGUGUACAUGUCGCAGUUGAGGCCCCUUUUGUUUGAGCUAAAAACUGAAUCACAACAGUCACGUGACCGGUGGUGUGGCUUGAUCAAUGAACAGUCAGAAAAAAUGAAACUUAAAAAAAGUUUCAACACUAAACAAAAAACAUCAGAUAUGGAUCUGGAUGUAAUAGAUGGACCAUAUGAUGUCACUGAUGGACUGAUGGAUGACAGUGAUGGACUGAUGGAUGACAGUGAUGAACUGAUGCAGGCUACUGAUAUGCUUGACCAGAUGUUCAACUACCCCCUGCCCAAAACUGACUCCCCUCUACAAUCUUUAUUAGCCUCACAUACCCAGGCUACAGAACUGCAGACUGCCAUGAAACAUUGUCUACAGAUACUGAGCCAGGUGAAUCUUGACCCCACCUGUGGCACACACACCCAGAAGGUGAAGGUCAUACAAGACCAGAUGAUUCACUUCCAGGUGGAGCUGAUGGCAGACCCAGCCCUGACGCUUAUCCAAAGCCUGCAGGCCACAGAUCUGGUUUUUGAGGGCAGCUUGACCUGGAGUCUUGUGAGUGGACACCCAGUGGAAUUGUGGGUCAUGUUGUUCCAGGACAGACUGGUGCUGCUUCACACAGAGGAGGGAGGGUAUGUCCUCAAGUCACAUGUGUCAGGUGAGCAAGUCAUCCAUCCAGUGCUGGAGAGGAAUCAUUUAUUUGCCCAGACUUUAGCUUCAGAUAGCACAAGUUUCUUUGUAGUAUCUACAUCUGGGAGAAGUGAAGUAUCUGAAAGAAGUCCUCAGCUAUUUGAGUUCUCAGCACCUUCUACAGAACUCUGUCAGAAGUGGUGCCAGCUAAUUAACAACACCUCAGUGGAGGAAGUCACGACACAGCUCUGGUAUCAAGAAGUGGUUCAAGACAGCGAUGAAGAGGUUCAAGACAGCAGUCUAGUGGUUCAAGACAGCAGCUAAAUGUCACAAAACAGCAGUCAGAUGUCACAAAAAAGCAGCCAAAUGUCACAAAACAGUAGUCAAAUGUCACAAAACAGCAGUCAGAUGUCACAAAACAGCAGUCAAAUGUCACAAAACAGCAGUCAAAUGUCACAAGACAGCAGUCAAAUGUCAAAAAACAGCUGUCAAAUAUGAAACAAGAAGUCUACAGAGCACCUGGAAAACAAGAAAAAAAUUGUUUUUAAAUCUGCUCUAAAACAUUAAAAAACUAAUGUCUGCU